AUGGGUCAAGGCCAAAGCAGUGAUAAAGAAGUAAUGCCGAGAUGCGUUGUGUCUGAUCCGGCUCAACCUCACAACUUCUCCCAUAGAUCCGAGCAGAAGGUUAAGCACGACUGCUUUGGGUGCGGGAAAAGUGACGUUCCUUGGGAGAUACGUGAGCGUCCUUUGUAUUACUACUGCACCAUAUGCGAUCUGGAGUUCCAUAAGAAUUGUCUUGAGUACCCAACCAAGGUUUCGUCCUGCCGGGUUUGCUACAAGAAUGUUGACAUCAAGUAUGGUCAAUAUUCUUGCAACCAUGAGGAGUGCUUUUAUGUAGUCCAUUCAAAAUGUGCAACACACGGAAAAAUAUGGGACGGGGAGGAACUCGAAUGGGAAGACGAAGAAUCUGAGCAAGCCGAAGAUAUUGCUCCAUACAAGAAAAUAAGUGGUAGUUUAAUAGAACAUUGUUGGCAUCAACAUCAUUUUCUAAAGCUGGAGAAAUACGAGGGUACAAGAGACUCAAAAAAGCAAUGUCAGGCGUGUAUGCGUCCUGUCAACCCUCAUGAUUUCUACAGUUGUAUCGAAUGUGAAUUUUUUAUCCACGAGGUAUGUGCCAAUCUUCCUCGGAAACUGGAUCAUGCGUCGCACAACCACCCUCUUUACAUGGACCCGUAUCCAAUAUACGAUCGCAUGCAUAUGAACUUAGGUUGUUCAGUUUGUUUUCGAUAUUCAAGUGGUUUGAAGUACAGAUGCAAAAAAGACGGAUGUUCGGAAGGUGGCAAACAAUUUCAGGUAGAUGUUAACUGCAUUUUAGUUCCUGAGUGUUUCACCCAUGAAAGUCAUGCAGAACAUCGUUUAUUCAUAUCCACCUUCGGUAAGGACAAGCGUGAAUGCCAAGGUUGCAGAUGGAGACAUUGUCAAUAUCUUCUACAAUGCGUUUCAUGCGAAUUUGCUAUAUGCUACACAUGCGCCACAAUUCCAAAUGAGUUAUACCACAAAUAUGAUGAUAAUCCUCUCUCUCUUUGUUACGGAGAAAAAGGCGUGGAUGGCACGUACUGGUGCGAAGUAUGUGAGGAAGAAUUAGACCCAAUGGAAUGGUUCUACACAAACACCAAGCAGUGCACUACAAUCCACCGUAAAUGUAUACUCGGAGAUAAUGUUUAUAUGAAGUCUGGUCAUACAUUCGAGCACUCUAGUGAUGAGGUGAAAGUUGUGUGCCAUGGUAGUAGCUCUCGUCCCAUAUGUCAUACAUGUCACAAAUAUUGCCCACAUCCUGUAUACUUUAAAGUCUAUAUGCCGGAUGGGACUGAAGUUGAUAUUUGUUCUGUAAACUGUCAUAAAAUCUAA